AUGCCCGCAUCAGCAGAUCUCUCGAUCGGUUGGCACUUCACCGCCACUGACGAUUCACUUUCCGAGCUCUCGGACGCUUCUCAACGAUCCUCUUGCUCGUCGUCCAAGUCCAGCAUAAAGGCCAAGCCAGCAUCACUUCGCAAGCUUUCCUCCACAUCUGCACUCCAAAAACCCGCUUCCACUUCCAACGUCGCCAAAUCAGUCUCGAAUAGCAACGCCAAGCCCAAGGCUAGAAAGUCGGAAACCGCUCCACCUUCCACUGCCAAAGCCCUUUCAACGUCGGACAAAGCCAAAGGCAAGCGCAAAAUGGCCAGCACCCGCCCCGGCACCCACGCCGACGCUGAUCAAGCCAGCCCCAAACCCAACCCCAACCCCAUCCCUCCGCGCACUACACCCGUGAGCGAUGCGAUACGAGCACGAACCCACGUCAAUGUCGUCGGCGGCCCACAGAAACUCUGCCACCAACACCAUCAGAACUGCAAGGGCGCUCUUCUUGAGUGCACAUUUAUGCGAACGCCCGAAAAGCGUUGUCUUGGUCGCUACUGCUUCUUUUCGCUCAAACGCUUCUACGACCAGGACCCGGAGGUGAUCGUCAUGUCGAAUCGCAUGAUGAUCAACCCAGCAGAGCACUGUCCUCCGUCAGAAACAAAGUACGCCUGGAAAUGUCCCAAGUGCCGUGGAAAGUGUGUAUGCUCCAUCUGCCGCAAAGCGGUCGGCCUCGAGCCACUAGGCAGACCGUUUGGUUCCAAGAGGAACAAGGAUGGCACCAUCGACACUGCUGACCAAGUCAAGUCAAAGAACACUCAACCCAAAGCAAACGCCCACACAGCAGCACAAGGCGCACCAGCCAAAGCAAAGACAAAGGCGAACACAAACAAUCGCACGAUUGCCGACACCCUCGCGGCACCACCCAAACCGAAUGGUCAAUCCAAUUCCAAGUCGGACGCUGCCACCGAACCAGACGACGCCGAUGACGGCAUCUGCACGCUGCCUCUUCCAGUCAGCAAGCCCAAAACCACGAUUGCCAACAUGCUCUCCACCGACGUCGCCCGAGCACCGCCAAUGACAUUGCUCAAGCCACCAACCCAAGUUGCACCUCCUGUGUUCGAGGUGAUCCCGACCAAGCUACCGCACGACAACCUGCGUGCUCGCAUGUGGAUCUACGAGAGCAUGGUGCGCUUUGACAAGUUUGGUCUCAGCAAAAGUGUGCUCAACCAACUCGACAGGUUUGAGCACUGGACGCAUGCGCUGGUACAGGACAUGCUGGCCUGUCUUAUCAAGACUAUCUCUGGCAUGACCAACAUCGACAAGGGCCAACCCGCCAAACCGUUUGUCAAGAUCAUCAGCUCCUUUCGCACCUAUGGCAGAAACUUGGAGCGCGGUGAACCAUGGUUUGCUGCCACCGAGCUGUUGGCCAAGUUGGGAUUUGAGCGUAAGCCUCUGAGCUUUGUCGAGCACAAUGUUCCGGUCGAGGUCGAAGUGGCGGCUGCUGCGGGUUCACCCUCACCUCCCCCAGCGGCGCGCGUCACUCGUGCACGCCGAGCCAAGGAGAGCAACCAGUAUGAGACAGCACGUCAACUCUCGCUUUUGGAUCGGUGGCAAGACGACGAGCUUGACGAGAUGCAGAGCGAUGCUUAUGAUGACGACCAUUUGCCAAGCAAGCGACGACGGGCGACGACCAAAAAGUCGAUCUACGUCUAUGACGAUUUCAGCGAUGAAGACAGUAUGGCUGAUCCCGACGAGAGGACGCGCGAUCGUCGAUCCGGACGUGCUCGCAAAGCAGUCCAAAAAGAGGUAGCACCAGAAAUCAGGCUCACGGGACGACAACAGGCGAUCAAAUUGCAACAAGAGCAGCAGAAGGAAGAAGAGGCUGCAGCGGCAAAACAGCGACAGGAAGACCAACAAGAGGCACGUCAAGUCGAGGCUUGUCGCAAACGACGUCUGUCCGAUGAUAGCGGUGGGGCCGGCAUCACUGUCAUCGACAUUUCGGAUGAUGAAGAUGGACAAACUGAUGGACGCUCACAAAACAAGAGGCGCAAGUUCGCUGUUGCAAGCUCGGACAACGGCAUCGAGGUUGAUCAUGAUGGCAGCGACCGUUAUGAUGCGCGAAACGGCGCCGAGGCCAAUGCCAAAAACGACGUGCGCGUGGAACAAGAGAUGGAGUCAGCUGACCUCGAAACCAAAAUCUCGAUCCUGGCUGCGCUCAUCGAUGCGGCGAUUAUGGCGGACAGCGUAGCUGAAGAGCUCAAGCUGGCGGCGGACAAUAUUGUGGCGCUGGAACGCGAGCAGAAGGCGGCCAACGUGGAAAUGGAAAAGGAGAUGGUGGAAGAGCUGGCGCAACUCAACAAGCGUGCGCCGAGCAUAGUGUCGCGCGAGUAUCAGGAGUGGAAGGUGGAAAAGGCGCAAAUGGAGCUGGAUCACGCAUGGCGCAGGCAGGAUGCGCGAGCGAAUGCCCAAGUAUACCGAAGGACGAUACGCUUGGUGCUUGGUGGUGUUGGGAGCGGCAUUUUCAACCGAGUCGAAACAGGCGCAGAGAAUGUCAAGGGCCAAGACCAGGCGGAUGUUAGCACGGCGGACAGAGGCGGUAAGCAAGACGAGCAGAAUAACGAGACGGAUGAUAGCGGGUUCACUUUGCUCGACACUUGGCCGACUUCCGAUCAGUCGACGCGCAAAGUGAAGGACAAAGAUGGAGACCGGGAUAUUCGAUUGGGCUUGCCCAUAUCGAGCAUCUGCAUGGGGACCAACAAUCCAGGGACGAUUCAGUCGUUGAUCGAGUACCUACGGUUCCGACUGGAACGUGUCGAGUACGAAGAGAACGUUUCGAUGCAGCAGCGCGAGAAGGCGGCUCGCGGUAAUGGUUUUGGUGCGACCAAUGGAGCUACGGCGGGAGAUGGCAAUGCCGCUGGGUUGGCGGGGACGGAAAGCAUGUACAGCGUACGCAAGGCCAAGCAAACACUCAAAGAUACGCAGGAGGAGAGACGCAAGCAGGUGGAACAGCUGAUGAAGCGGCUGAGCACAAGUAAAGAGUACUUUGCUUGGCAUCGGGAGGAGGUGGCUCCGUAA